AUGACUAACCGUAGUCCAUUAGAGGAAGAAACAUAUUUUUCUAAGCCAGAACACCUUUUCCCACACCUUGAAGAUGGUAAAAUUCCAACCGAACAAUUCCUGAGUGCUUGUCAGGGAAUCGCAGAUUUCGUAGGCUUUCUGGGAGCUGCUUUUUCGCCGGUUAAAGCUGAUAUCAGUGGUAAUGUUGCCAAAGUUCGUACACGAUUCGAAAAGGACCGAAUAGGUCAACGCUAUUUACAAGAUCUGAUUGAUAACGAUCUAAAGGACAACGGUGGAAGGCUCGGAAUCGCCACAGAAGGACUUUUGUGGUUGAAAAGGCAGGUUAAGAAAACGUCUCUCCUUACUGUUUUUGAGAAUAAAAGUAUUUCCAGAGGGUUGGAGUUUAUGCUAGAAAUGCUGACUCUAAUGGUACAAGAGUACAGAUCUACGGCGGACAAAAGUAAGACGGAAAACCUUGUCGGAGUCAUCAAUAAGGCAUACGAAAGUUCACUCAAAAGGCAUCAUGGUUUCAUGUCUAAACAAUUGUUCAAGCUAGUCAUUCAUGCUGCCCCUUAUCGCCGAACUAUACUCAAAGCUGUGGCUCUUGGGAAAGAUGGCUUAGAUGAUGUGUGUAUUGAUCACAUUGCUAGCCACUUGGACAAUUUUAGAAUCAAUGUUGCUGUUCUAGUCGAGUACUACCUUACUAAAAAGCUUGAGACUCCUAAUUGUUAA